ACAUAUAAUUAUAUAAAUGAUAAAUGUAUCUUUUUUUCUAUAAGGAUAAUAAUAGCUGAUACAAACAAGGCACUCAGUAUGUUCCAGGCACCUGUUUAAUCCUUUCUGUUGGGUAGGCACUACCGUGAUCCUGUCUAAACAGAUUGGGAAAUGGGGACAGAGUGUAGAUGACUAGCCCAGGAUCCCACAGCUAAUCAGGGACAGAGGUGAGAGCUGGAGACAGGCAGUCCAUGCUUUCCACCACCGCGAUCCUGCUUCUCACGCAGGUGAGUGUUAACCGGGAAGAACUCGGGUGGGACGUGGUGGAGAGAAGUUUACUUGUAUUUCAUACUCUUGAGUAUUCAGAACACUAUUUUACCACAUGCAUUAUUACUUUCAUAAUAAAAAAAGCUAAUUUAAAAUUAUUUUUUUGAGAACUGAGCUUUAGGUACAAGGUGAUAGCGUCUCUGGAGACCUCUCGGGAGGUCCCGUGGGCUGCCUGAUGACAAGAGGGACGGGAGUGGGCUGGCUGAGGACACAGCCCAACUGGCUUGUGAAAGGAGAUACAAAGGGGAUAACUGGUUUGCUUUCCAUAUAAUUCAGGUUGAGCACAAGCAGCGCUGAAAGCACAGUGGCCAGUCUCCGGCUUUGCUUUUUCCAGUGACUUUUUCUUUGCUUAUCCUUCACACGCGUUUUCUCCCCGGCUUUGGUGGCCCACCCUGGAGUGCUCCCCUCUGCUGCCAGCAUGCCCACCCAGCUGGAGAUUGCCAUGAACAUCAUGAUUAGAACCUUCCACCGCUACUCCUGCAGGGAAGGAGACAGGUUCAAGCUCAACAAGGGGGAGCUGAAGAUGCUCCUGCAGCGAGAGCUCACAGAAUUCCUCUCGUGCCAGAAGGAUCCCGAGCUGGUUGAUAAGAUUAUGCAGGACCUGGAUGCCAACAAGGACAAUGAAGUGGAUUUUAAUGAAUUCGUAGUCAUGGUGGCAGCUCUGACGGUCGCUUGUAAUGACUACUUUGUAGAACAACUGAAGAAGAAAGGAAAGUAAAGACAAGUAGUGAGCUAAUAUAAAGGCAGAAAUAAGCCACAGUCACUUACUGUUCGUCUAUUCCUUCCAGAUCCAUUGCCACAGCAAUGCCAUUUAUAGGUAUAAUAUACAUGCAUUAUACUCAGUUGCUAGGAUUAUUAGGUGAUGUAUACGUUAAUAAAUUGAUUUUGAAUAAAUAUUUCAAAUCUUG